UUUGAUAGCAAUUUCAAAAAUUGUGACGAUGCGUAUCAUUUAAAAUGUAUUUCACCUGUGAGUUUUUAUUCACUGUUGAAAUAAGUCUGUGAAGCUAUCGUCUUAAACAGUUGUACUAGGGCCUUGUAGCGAGACCAGCACCACUCACGCGAGGCUUCAGCAGUUACAUCAGGGCUAAUUGUUUCAGAUCCACCUGUGUUAGAAGUGAAUAUUUGAACAUUAUCGUUUUGCUUAAAAAUUAAAGCCGGAAUAAUGACAAGUGGUGAAGAAAGACUAGAUGUUGAGGACUGUGGACCAGAUUCAGACUCGGAGAAAACUAUGUUGGACAAUGAAAGUGUAGAAGACAGAUUAUCGCCUAGAAUACCACCGGCGUCGCCAGGGUCAUCGGACUAUGAUGAUAGACUGCCCCUACCGAUGGAUUUAAAAAAACGGUCAAGUGUGGACAGCACCUCCGCGUUAACUAAUAAAGCUAAAUCCUCAUUUCUCAUUACAGACAUUUUGUCAAGGAGAAGUGAACAGAAAUAUUCCAAAGACUAUAACAAGCCACAUGUUUGUCUAGAUGUUAUGGGGCAUCAGUGUCAGACUUGUAUAAUAGAACCGUCCAGAAAACGUAGAGACAGUUUCCGAGAUACGGAUUCCCCAUCACACGAAGAUUCCGCAGAUGAACAAGAUGAAGAAUCCUCAGACAAGAAUCAGUGCUCCUCAGACGGCUCAUCAUUAUGCUCAAAACACAAGAAGCCCAGAAAGGCUAGAACCGCGUUCACAGACCAUCAGCUAAACUGUCUAGAGAAAAGCUUCGAAAGACAUAAAUAUCUCAGUGUACAGGACAGAAUGGAAUUGGCAUCUAAACUCAACCUGACGGAUACCCAGGUGAAAACCUGGUACCAGAACAGAAGAACAAAGUGGAAAAGACAGACAUCGGUUGGUUUGGAACUUCUAGCAGAGGCCGGAAAUUACAACGCUUUCCAAAGACUCAUGCACUCCAGCAAUUACUGGUCCCCCUAUCACCAGCAGGCCGCGCGAAUGAUAUCGACACUGGAUUCCUAUUAUUACCGGUCCGGAAGUUCCGCAGCACUAUCUUCUCAGCGUCCAAUGAUGCCUCGGAUGUACAUUCCUGGAAUGAGUUCUUUGCCGUCAUGACCUAAACGUGAUAUCCAUUCGCGUUAAUGACAAGACAGACAGUAUUCAUUUAUUCUAACAAUUGCAACAGGUACAUUGUCCUUGGUUUCAGGCAAUCUUAAUCCUUUUAUUGUAUUUUGGAUAUUAAUUCAUUGUUAUAACUGUGUUCUUGGACAUUCUUGUUUAAACGUAUGGUAUGCAGUGGUAAAGUUCAGAGGUCAUUUGUCCGUAUUAGUCUGUUGUAAUAAUCGACAGACAUAUCCCGUUUCACAGACAGGAAAUUUCUGAAUCAAAUGUUAAUCAAAUUUGAUUUAUUCAAAAUUAUCAGUUUUGUUGUUUUGCUAUUUCUUUUACGAAUAGAUACAAUUAUUUGAAUAUAAGUGCUGGAAGAAAAGAUAUGAUUUCCUGGUCAAAUAUGAAAUAUUCGAAAUUACACCGUCCAGUGUGACAACCGGUGUUAGACCUGCAAAUCCAGCCACCGUAUUGUAAUGCUACACACUAGGUAUUUCUGAUGGUAACAUUUGGAAAUAGGGAUCAAUAAAAAACACUUUCAAAGCACAAAAUUGUGCUGAAAGAACAUUUUUAUUUAGUUCAGGGGCACUAUGUCCGAGAUAAAAACAACAACUAGGGUAGGCUCAACCAAGUUUAGACGAUGUAAAAGAUAGCACAGGGUAUUGUAUAUUUAUUCGAAUUGAUAAUGAUAAAAUGCGCAACUAUAUAUAAUCUGAACUUUUUAUUUUAUAGCUUUUGAUACUUCAAUACACUCCAACUGUUACUUGCAACAUUUUCAAAUUUUGCAAUGCAAGUCAUUAUACAAUAUUUGUAUAUAAUUGAUAUCAAUGUAUCUUCUGAAGCGAGGAAACCUACAAGUCGUAUAUCUUAUUUCAGCAAAAUAUUUACUUUAAAAUUAAAUGCAACUGCGAUUUGACAUUUGAUCUACCAUUAAUAUUGCAUUGAAAUUAAUAUGAAAUAUUAUUAUUUCAUUAAGAGGAUAAUCCUUUCAUGAUAUAAAUGCAUGUAUGUAAUGUAUAUCUGGCAUUGUUUCAGGUUUUUGUCUUGAAUAUGCAUGCAAAAUAAUCAAUAUACCCUAUUCAGCAAUAAAUGGGAUUAUUUAUACAUUUUUGUAUUAUUGCUCAAAUACGGUAAAAUGAAUGGGAGUUAGUACUGGGUACCUGGAACCUUUUAGAGUGUUUUUAUCAUUGUCUACGCGGUCUUUUAUUUAGUGACUGUGAACUGCAUACAAUGUUGUUACAACAAUUUGUAAA